AUGGUUAAUGGUAGCUACAAUGUUGCAAUGCAAGGCCGCCCAGAGCCAGCUGAUAAUUUCCAGAAAUCGGAUACUCUACCAGGACCAAAAGACUUUGAGGCUAAAACACAGAACGGCACGAGCGAUUCACAAAUAAUAUACCCAUAUUUGGAGCUGUUUCGCUAUGCGACAUUAUGGGAUCGUUUGCUUGUAGUUUUUGGUGCUGUUGUGGCAUCUCUAGCUGCACUUAGUUCACCAUACAAUAUAAUCAUCUACGCCGAGCUAACAACGCUGCUCAUAGAUCGCAACGUUGGCAAUGGCACGUCUACACCAGCACCGAUUUUGAGUGCCUUCGGCGGCGGUAGGAAGCUUACGAAUGCGAGUCAUGCGGAGAAUAUGCUAGCAAUCAAGGAGGAUGCGUUGGCUUAUGGAUUAGCUACGCUCGUUGGGUGUGUAGUGGAGUUGAUACUUUUGGCGCUGGCGGUCGAUAUGCUCAAUAAAGUUGCACUUAGACAGAUAGCGAAAAUUCGAAAACUUUUCUUGGAAUCCAUUUUACGUCAGGAUAUGUCUUGGUAUGACACGUCUUCCGGCAAUACGUUCGCCAAUAAGAUGACUGAAGACUUGGAUAAAAUGAAAGAGGGAAUCGGCGAAAAAGUCGCAAUAUUCGUUUUCCUCAUUAUGACCUUCGUAACAGGAAUUAUUUUCUCUUUCGUCUAUGGUUGGCUUUUAACAUUGGUGGUACUCACCUGUUGUCCGUUUAUUAUCAUUUCUACUGCCUAUGUUGCAAAAAUCCAAAGCACAUUCACACAAAAGGAAUUGAAAGCUUACUCAAAUGCCGGUGCGGUCGCCGAGGAGGUCUUCUCGGGCAUACGAACCGUCUUCGCAUUUAGUGGUGAACGCAAGGAGACUGAACGUUUCGCCAAGUUGUUGGUGCCUGCUGAUGUGAUGGGACGCAAGAAGGGACUAUACUCCGGUAUUGGCGCCGGCCUUAUGUGGUUCAUUAUUUAUAUCGCCUAUGCAGUAGCUAUUUGGUACGGCAUACAACUGAUAUUGAAGUAUCGAUAUGAGGACGAAAAGCUGUACACUGCUGGCUCAUUGGUCAUAGUGCUCUUCAGCAUAAUAAUGGGCGCACAGAAUUUGGGUUUCUCGCUGCCGCAUGUAGAAUCGUUCGCAACGGCACAAGGCGCUGCACAGAAUGUCUUUUCCACCAUUGAUCGUGCAUCGGAAAUUGAUCCGUUGAAUGAGAGCGGCGCCAAGUUGGAAAAAGUUGUGGGGAACAUAAAUUUUGAGAACUUACAUUUCAAUUAUCCGGCGCGGCCUGAUGUACAGGUGCUCAAGGGCUUCUCAUUGCAAGUGCCAGCAGGUCAAACGGUUGCGUUGGUUGGUCCUUCUGGCUGUGGCAAGUCAACAACACUCCAACUAUUGCAGCGCUUCUACGAUGCACCCACCGGCUGUGUGCGUUUGGAUGGUCGCGAUCUACGCGAACUCAAUGUUGGCUGGCUGCGCUCACAGAUUGGUGUUGUCGGGCAGGAACCAGUGCUGUUUGCCACAACCAUACGCGAAAAUAUACUUCACGGUAAACCCACUGCAACGCAAGAGGAAAUCGAGCAGGCCGCGCGCAUGGCUAAUUGCCACGACUUCAUAGUGAAGCUGCCAAACGGUUACGACACUAUGGUCGGUGAACGUGGCGCACAGAUGUCCGGUGGCCAGAAGCAACGCAUAGCCAUUGCACGUGCACUCAUACGUAACCCGAAGAUACUGCUCUUGGAUGAAGCGACUUCGGCUUUAGAUCCCACAUCUGAGCGCCGAGUGCAAGACGCACUCGAUGUAGCGAGCCAAGGACGCACCACGCUGGUGGUUUCACAUCGACUCUCAACAGUGACAAAUGCCGACUUGAUAGUGUUCGUAAAGGAUGGUGUUGUAGCCGAGCAGGGUACGCAUGAGGAACUAAUGCGCGCGGAAGGGCUGUACUGCAAGCUGGUGAUGAUCUCCAAGCGCAAAGAAGAGGAAGAGGCAUUGGCGAACACCUCGAAUGCUGUGCGCCAGCGUAAACAACAAUUGGCUGUGCCAGAUGAUUCAGACGACGAGGGUGACUCAAGCUUUGAUGAAGCAGAUGCCGACAGUGUGGUAAGCCGAAAGAAGACGAAAAGGAAGACGAUUAAAGCCGAGAAACACAAAAUCACUUUUGCACAGCUGAUGAAAAUGAAUGCGCCUGAGUGGCGCUACAUUCUGGUCGGCUGCAUAGCGGCCAUGCUGCACGGUGCUACAUUCCCCGUAUGGGCGGUGCUCUUUGGUGACUUCUUUGGCAUCUUAUCCGAUCCGGAUGAUGACUAUAUCACCAAACAAUCGAUUUUAUUUGCUAUUCUGUUCAUCGUUAUCGGUAUAAUUGCUGGCAUUGGCUCACUUCUACAAACUUACAUGUUCAGCACUGCGGGCGUGAAAAUGACAUCUCGCCUGCGCCAAGAUGCUUUCAAGGCGAUAAUCGGCCAGGAAGUCGGCUACUUUGAUGACGAACGUAAUUCAGUGGGCGCACUGUGUGCUCGCCUUGCUGGCGAUUGCUCGAACGUACAGGGUGCAACAGGUUCACGCAUCGGUAUUAUUGUGCAAGCGAUUUCCACGCUCGCCGUCGGCAUGGUACUCUCAUUUACCUACUCGUGGAAUUUGACUUUGGUCACUUUGGUGAUGGUGCCGUUUGUGUGCGCAUCCAUACUCUUCGAAGCCCGCUUCAUGGAGGCAAGUACGCAGGCGGAGAGGUUGGCCAUUGAAGACGCGUCACGUGUAGCAGUGGAGGCAAUUGCCAAUAUACGCACGGUGGCUAGUUUGGGACAGGAGCGCGCUGUGCUUGCGCGUUAUUGCGAACAAGUAGAUAAAGCGGAUGAGGCAUGUCGCAACAAGGUGCGCUUUCGUGGUGUGGUUUAUGGCUUGGGACAGACGGCACCCUUCUUGGCCUAUGGUGUUUCGCUGUAUUAUGGUGGUUACUUAGUAGCCAAUGAGGGAUUACCUUAUGAAACUAUUGUAAAGGUUUCCGAAGGUCUCAUAUUCGGCUCGUGGAUGCUUGGCCAGGCGUUAUCGUAUGCGCCAAAUGUAAGCGCUGCCGUACUCUCAGCGGGACGUCUACUGAAACUGUUCCAGCGUGUGCCCGCUAUAUACAAUCCAGCUGACAAACCUUAUAACACACCAGUGAAAUCCGAAGGUGACAUUACCUACGAAGACGUCGAUUUUCACUAUCCUAACCGCAAAGGCAUACCCAUUCUACAGAAUCUUAAUUUAACCAUCAAAGGUGGCACUACUGUAGCCUUAGUAGGACCUUCCGGUUCCGGCAAAUCCACUUGCGUGCAGCUACUUUUGCGCUACUACGAUCCCGUUAGGGGUAAAGUCAAUCUCAGCGGUGUGCCAACUACAGAGUUCUCACUCGAUAUGCUGCGCUGCAGUAUGGGCCUAGUCUCACAAGAACCUGUUUUAUUCGACCGCUCGAUUGCCGAGAACAUCGCAUACGGCAACAACUUCCGCGAUGAUAUUCCAAUGGCGGAAAUAAUUGAAGCGGCCAAGAAAUCAAACAUUCAUCAGUUCAUCGCCUCUCUGCCGCACGGCUAUAAUACUCGCCUGGGUAGCAAAGGCGCACAACUCUCGGGUGGACAAAAGCAACGCAUUGCCAUUGCACGUGCAAUGGUACGCAAUCCCAAUAUACUGAUAUUGGAUGAGGCUACAUCGGCAUUGGAUAUGGAAAGCGAGAAAGUGGUGCAGGAGGCAUUGGAUGUAGCACGCAGCGGUCGUACUUGUCUCACAAUAGCACAUCGGCUGACCACAGUGCGCGAUGCCGAUCUGAUUUGUGUGCUGAAGAAAGGUGUGGUGGUUGAGAAGGGCACUCAUGAGGAGUUGAUGGCGCUGAAUGGCAUAUAUGCGGAACUGUAUAUGAUGCAGCAGGUCGCCUAA